AUGGCCAAAAUAGGGGAUGGAAAAAGAGAUUCUUCAUCAUUUCUACCAUCCAUAAGGUGUGGUGAACUCUCGUUUGAAAACCCUGAUCAGAAUGCCAAAUGUGUUCGCAUGAUAGGAGAUGUACGACUGAGGGGUCAGACAGGGGUUCCUGCUGAACGCCGCGGCUCCUACCCAUUCAUUGACUUCCGCCUGCUUAGCAGUACAACACACUCAGGGGAAAUUGGCACCAAGAAAAAGGUGAAAAGACUGUUGAGCUUUCAAAGAUACUUCCAUGCGUCGCGGCUGCUCCGUGGAAUUAUACCCCAGGCCCCUCUCCACCUGCUGGAUGAAGACUACCUUGGACAAGCCGGGCAUAUGCUCUCCAAAGUGGGAAUGUGGGAUUUUGACAUUUUCUUGUUUGAUCGCUUGACAAAUGGGAACAGCCUGGUAACACUGCUGUGCCAUCUCUUCAACACCCAUGGACUCAUUCACCAUUUCAAGUUAGAUAUGGUGACUUUACACAGGUUUUUAGUCAUGGUUCAAGAAGAUUACCACAGCCAAAACCCGUAUCACAAUGCUGUCCACGCAGCCGAUGUCACCCAGGCCAUGCACUGCUACCUGAAGGAGCCAAAGCUCGCCAGCUUCCUCACACCUCUGGACAUCAUGCUUGGACUGCUGGCUGCAGCAGCACACGAUGUUGACCACCCAGGGGUGAACCAGCCAUUUUUGAUCAAAACUAACCACCACCUCGCCAACCUAUAUCAGAAUACGUCUGUGCUGGAGAAUCACCACUGGCGAUCUACAAUUGGCAUGCUUCGAGAAUCAAGGCUUCUUGCUCACUUGCCAAAGGAAAUGACACGGGAUAUUGAACAACAGCUGGGCUCCUUGAUCUUGGCAACAGACAUCAACAGGCAGAAUGAGUUUUUGACCAGAUUGAAAGCUCACCUCCAAAAUAAAGACUUAAGGCUGGAGGACGUACAGGACAGACACUUUCUGCUUCAGAUUGCCCUGAAGUGUGCUGACAUCUGCAAUCCUUGCAGAAUCUGGGAGAUGAGCAAGAAGUGGAGUGAGCGGGUCUGUGAGGAGUUCUUCAGGCAAGGUGCCCUUGAACAGAAAUUUCAACUGGAAAUCAGUCCUCUUUGUAAUCAACAGAAAGACUCAAUCCCUAGUAUACAAAUUGGGUUCAUGACCUACAUCGUGGAGCCACUGUUCCGGGAAUGGGCCCGUUUCACCGGAAACAGCGCCCUGUCUGAGCUCAUGCUAAGCCAUCUCGCACACAACAAAGCCCAGUGGAAGAGCCUGUUGCCCAAGCAACACAAAAGCGGUGGCGGUGGCGGUGGCAGUGGCGGCCCGGACCGCGCAGACCACGGGACUGAGACCGAGGAGCAGACUGUGACCGAAGGCGUCGCCCCGUAGUGCCACAGGCUGUCCCCUGCUCUGCACACAGGAGAACCGCCCCGAGAGGCCUCCUCAGAGGACCUCUAGGGGUUCUUGCCCGUUGGCCCAGCCACUCUCUGGGUUCCCUCUGGGGCUCUUCGGAAUGCUACCUUCCUCCUCCUCACCUGCCUCCCUCCUUCCUCCACGUGUACAGAAGCCAUCCGUCACCUCAGCAUUCACUGCGGACACUCCAUUCAGUAACCUGGGCGCUGAGUCCGGGAGCACACCUGCCCCUCAAGGAGAAGCCUGGGGAGAAAGAAGAGGUGCUUCUGCCACGUCCCCAGGGCCCUGGGUCACACUGUGACAGGCAGCAGCUCCUCCACCCAGAGCAUUGAGCAUCCGCCAUCUGACUGCUGAGAAAACACCAGCGCAUUUGGAAUCCAAGGAUACUGAUCUCGGUGCAAGAGCACAAAUGAGAGCAUGAGAGAAAGGACCUUCUCUUUUAAUAAUAAUAAUGAUUAUUAUUAUAAAAUAAUAAUGAAUCUUUUUAACUUUUAUAUUUUAUGCACUAGACAAUGGCUCUAAAACUUUGGACUAAGGUUACCCAGUGUACCCAAACUUGAACUGGGGGUUCAUUGUUUUGUUACUGAUUUUAUGCACUUUGGGUCCGAGAUUGGGCAUCUUCUCAGUUUAAGAAUCCACGUUUCCUGUCCCACCCGAGGGGAAGGUGCUGCACAGCUCAUUCCUUUGCACCAUUAGCCAAUCUGUCUUUUAGCGAUAACUCAGUUUCAGUGACAUGUUUAUAUUCACUCAUGUACAUUUCCUGUAAAUACCAAGCGCUACUGAUUCUCAUGCCAAAAUACGUGAGUAUUAUGGGAUGGCUCCCUCUAUAAACAAUGGCACUGUGACAGAAUCCUGUUAGUUUUAAUACAAGAGAAUGCAUUUGUAAAUAUGGUAUAGAGUUUAUUAAUAUUCUAUUGUUUGCAGAUAAAGGCCUUAACUUUCCACGUCUUUCAUCUUCUGAAAGCUGCCCCACUUAAAUCCUCACAGAUAUCAGAUGUCCUUCUGAACCUCCUUCCCACGUCCACCUGUAGGCACCCCAGCUGAGGUCACAACCACCUGAAUGGAGCCCCUGAGGGAAUCUCUGGAAACUUCUGUGCAUUCCGCUCAUUUCCCCAGAGUGACAGGACCCUUCAGCCAGCCUGAGUCACUUCUCCACAUGGCCAUGUUGCACUUUCUGUUCCCACCAGCCGAGAAGCUUCUGUGUGUGUGACUUGCCAUGGAACAUGGCAGUGUGUCCAGCUUGCAGGACACGGCAGGUGUCAGGACCUCCUGUGACCCCGCCCUGGAGUCGGCAGGGAGGCCCUGCCUCCCAGCAGGCUUCCUUCUGCCACGGCUGCAGCACCAAACACCUUUUUGGUUUAUGGUUGGCCUGCAAUUUUUUGGUGUUAACCAUAAUUGGAUUUUUCUUUUUUCUUCAUUUCAUGUGAACACCUACCCACCCAUUUAGCUGAAGGUAACAUUAUUUAAGUAAAGAAAAUAUGUCCGUCUUCUGACAGAAUUUACCUUCCUGGUAGGUCAUUAUGCGUAAUCAUGGCUGUAGCUAGCAGAAGCACCUGGGAAUUCUGUUGCAUUAUUUUUUCUGCAGACACUUGGCUGCAACCUCAGUUCGUGACAGCAUUCUCCUCUAGUCGGCUAAACUUUGUGCAUUGCACCUUUUCUUUAGAAGUUCCAGCAUAACUAAAGUUAGAUGAAAAUUGGCACUGCCCCUUACUUAAACGAUAUGGUGGUGGAAGGUGAUGAUAUGAUCAUUUCUGCUGCUAUCAAGCUGUUUCGCAAGCUGAUCGAAUGCCAGCUAACUCUCAUUUCCUAAGUGCAACUUUUUUUUCUCCUAACACACAAAUGAAAUGUUAGAAGCUUGACUGGACUGUAAUAAGUUCCCGCAGAGAGACUGAGGCUUGCAGAGUGCAGGUGUAGGGGAAAUUUAGAACGUUGGUUAUAGUUUCAUUACAUAUGGAGAGAUUGUCAGAUGGUACUAAGGAAAGUGUGAAAACCUCACGAAAUGGAUGGAUUUGAUACGUUGAAACUGUUGGUAGGGGUAAGAAGGAAAGUUGUGAAAACUUAACACUAACUUUAUUUUUAUUUUUAUUUUUAUUUUUUGUAAUAAUUAUGAACUGACAUAUGAUUCUUCAUUGCUUUUAUACUCUGAAGCUCUCAGCUUGGUAGGGCCCCCAAAGAGAAUAUGUUGAAUGUAUCCCUGCUUCCAAACCUCACUUGUUUUGGUUUGGUGAUGCAGAAAGGGCUUUUGAGUAUCUAUUUUUAACAUACAUGUGAUCAAAUCAAGGAAAGCAAUUACUGGGGGCAAUAUAGUAGAGAUAAGAAAUAAAAUGCUAUUUUAGCUCAACCUUGACUUUAGGAAAUGGACUUUGUUUAAAUUAUAUUUAUAUGGUAACUUAAAUAAAUAAUAUGGAGGGUGUUUUUAGUAGUUCCAAGUUUAUAGGGCAAAGUGUUUAUGUUACAGUUAGGUCUUAAAGAAAAAUGACUCCCAGAAAAAACUACCAAAUAUUCGAUAGUUAACCCUAUGAAGCAGCUACUAGUACAAUAAAAAUCAGAAGUAAAACGAGACAUGAUGCGUACACUAAAUGCAUCUGUAGCCUCCAAUCAACCAUCUGGAGAUUUCUUGAGUUUCUUUUUUUGAGGCCAAAAAAAGAGAGAAAGAGAAAGAAUGUGAAAAUGUGGUUUUUUUCUUGCCUACCAGUGGCUCUCUUGCAAUAUUCCAGUUACCAGUUAAGACACAGCUGGCGGAUCAUCCAUGGACUUCAUCUUCACAUUCUUCUUCUGGUUCAUGGACCAUCAGUAGCUGACUUAUUGAGUUUAAUUGUGUUAUUGCUUGAGAAGAAAGGAAUUAAAGGGCUAUCUUUAGUAAGCAAGGUAAAGUUGAAAUCAAAUUAAGAGAGAGAGA